UGGCCCAUAUCCCAGUCAGCUCAGACUGUACCAGCUGGCCCUGGAUCAGCAUGGCUAUCCACCUGGGGUUGGUCACUCUGGCCUUGGCUACUCUCCUUGCUGUGGAUGGGGCGGUGCUAAUGUCAGCCAGAAAGCUUGUUUUCCCAAGAAUGCCCAUCUGUGAGCACAUGGUGGAACCUCCAGAAUGUCCCCGGACAGCCAGACUCAUCUGUGGUACUGACGGGGUCACGUACAACAAUGAGUGCCAUCUCUGCUUGACCCGGAUAAUAACCAAACGGGACAUCCAGAUUGUGAAGGAUGGCAUUUGCUGACACUGCAGGAGCACCUCGGGCAAUGAAGCUUCAGGCUGGAGAGCAGCGGUGGGCAUGGAGAGGUGACCUGAAAUAAAGCAUGCAACUCAG